AUGCGUAGUAACCGCUACAAUACAACAAUGAUUAUUCUACUUCUUUUUCUCUCUGUCGCAUUAAGUAGUCCAAUUAUGUUGGACCGGUUUGGCGAUAGUAUGAACAGCAUGAUACGAGGCAACAAUGAGGCGUAUGAGAGCGGCGAGACAUGUGGGGUGUCCCAGGAGUUUGAACAGCGGCUCGUGCGGUACAUGUGGUUCAACAAUGUGGCUCCAUGUGUCCCCGAGAAGCUCCAACAUCCAUUCAAGUGCAUAGCCAGAGGCUGCAAGGAGCUGGGGAAACAUACAGAGUUGGUCGACAUUUUUACUCAUUCAGACAACUUGUUUGAUCGCACAAUUUCAGGAUUUGUGGCGUUGGAUCACAAGCACAAGGAGAUUAUUCUGGCGUUGAGAGGCACUCAGGAUGUCAACGACUGGGUGACAGACCUGCAUCUGAGGCUAGUGGAGCUCCAUCCUGAGCAUCUGGGAGUAUCAAACUUCAACUGUCGCAACUGCCAGAUUGACCUGGGCUUUCUCAAGGGAUAUUUGCAUUCGUUCCCUGCUGUUGACAGUAUUGUUCAGCGUCUGACUGAAAAGUACCCCAACUACCAACUGGUGAUUACGGGCCAUUCACUUGGAGGCACUGCAGCUACGCUAUUUGGACUUAACUACCGACUCAAUGGCUAUUCUCCUCUAGUUUUUUCGACUGGAGCUCCGGCACUGGGAAACAAGCAGUUUGCCAACUUUGCCGACCGAGUCUUCUGGGGAUCUCAGAACCCCAACACGCUCAAGGUCAAGGAGAGAGAUAUCAAGUUCUGUCGCAUGACCCAUCUAGGUGACUUUGUGCCUCGGUUUCCCUUCUGGAACGGGUACCAACAAAUGUCUGGAGAGGUGUUUAUCAACGACGUGCGAGGUAUCUAUCCACCCAGGGAGACACUCCAGCGAUGCAACGGGCAACAAAACAGACAGUGCUCGUUCGGAGACCAGUACCGCAAGCUGGAAAUGAACUUCAAGCCCCACUCGGCGUACUUGGUGCCUGGAAGCAAGUGUUCGCUCAGUGGUGGGAGAGAGUUGACAUUCGGAGAAGUUCAUUCAGCAGCGAAUGACACAAACAAGGACUCAGACACAGACAUUGAACCAGACAUUGAACCAAUCUUGAUACCUGUCGUGCAAAUAGACUAA